GGAACUGUUCGAACACCACUGGACAUCUGAAGCUGAUUCUGAUUCUUACAUUGAGUCUGAAGAGCUUUUCGAGAACUUGCACUGAGAUUUGACGCCGUGGAGAAGAUUUUCACAAAAUGCCUCGCUCAUUUUUGGUCAAAAAGUAUUUUUCCAACAAGAAGCCUAACUACAGUGAACUGGAGAGUCAAACUGACAGCCGGUAUGCCAUUAUCCCACAAUGCUUCCCUCUGGACAACAUGCCCACCAAGGGCGUCGACUCUCUGGUGCCCGCCUACACAUCCAUGCUCGUCUGGACCACCAGUGUCCUACCCCUCACUUUCACUCCAGUCUCACCCAGUAUUCCCUCUCCUUCUGGGCCUCUAGACCUGAGUUCCCAGUCCAGUUCCAGCAGUGGAGAGGAGGACGAUUGCCGUACGUCCGAUCCCCCCAGUCCAGACCCAACUGACCGCUUCCAGUGCGCCCACUGCGGCAAGACCUGCAGCAGCCCUACCUCCCUCUCUCAGCAUCAGCUCACUCACUGCACCGCCAGCCCAGAAACAAUCGUUGCUGUGACAGGAACGGCCAGUACCACAUCUAGAGCUGCGUUUCACUGCAAGCACUGUUCUAAAGAGUACAGCAGCCUCGGUGCACUCAAAAUGCACAUCCGUUCACAUACGCUGCCCUGUGUGUGCACCACAUGCGGAAAGGCUUUCUCCAGACCCUGGCUACUGCGAGGACACAUUCGCACGCAUACCGGUGAGCGUCCCUUCUCAUGCCAACACUGUAACCGGGCUUUUGCGGACCGUUCAAACCUGCGAGCUCACCUCCAGACCCACUCCGAGGUGAAGAAGUACCAGUGUGGAAACUGUUCUCGAACCUUUAGCCGUAUGUCUCUCCUGCACAAACACACCCUUUCUGGAUGCUGUCUGUCUGCGUAGAGUAGAAGACAGCUGCCUUGCAUCUUCCAGAGUUAAUCUGGGAUAGGUUUAUUCCCUAAAUGAAUGUUCGGACUCAUUUCAAGUAUGAGAUAUUUUUUAAAUAUCCUUAUAGUGCCUUUUGAUCAUACAAACCAAAGAAGAGAUGCUGUUUUUCUACCAGUUUUAGUCUUAGACUCAAACAAUGUCUACAAUGAGGGCUUAUCAUACGUAGUUUGCCCACUGUGGAUUCCCAAGAUGAAACUCGGUGCCGGCUGGUCCGACACUGUGAGGGGGCAGCUGCUUUAAAGUGUGUGUGGGGAGAGAGGUCAUCUCUCACCAAGAUCUCUGCAGACUCCCAGGGAUGUAUUGAGACAGCUGUCGAAGUGCAGGCCUGUCCACAAAUGCACUGGCCUCGAAUCUGCUCUCCGUUUGUGUUGUGCCUGAUACCAAAGACCUGUUUUGAUAAGAAGUUCAAUUAGGCUGUGGAAUUUGUCUCUGUAAUUUGAGCUUCGAGGCUUCACUUAUCAUCCCCUGAAUUUGCAGCUAGACUCUUAAAAUCAGAAUUAUUUUUUUUGUCAUGUAAAAUGUUUUCUAAAGACUGUCAAGUUGUUUACUCAAAAGCACAAGGCUGUUACAAGGGUCAUUUGAUUUUAGCUGUUGUUUGUGUGCCAAGUUUUCUCUUUCAAUUGCUGGGAAAUAUGCAGUCUCUCAGUUGAGGAAGACUUUCCAUGAAGCCUGUAUCAUUUGAUCUACAUUUAUUCCAAAGCCACAACGAUAUAUGAAGCUACCUGUCAACAAAUAGUUUAUAUGUUGGACGUAUUACAAAAACCAAAUGCUAUGCAAUCUUUUUUGAGCAGUGGUAUUUUUACU